GUACAAGAAGCUGCUGUUAGUUUUCUAAUGGAACUCAAAACUGCACAAAAUUCCAACAGGUGAAAUAUGUGAAACAGGAAAAAAAAAAGCAAAUAACACUUCUCAGCAGCUCGGGCUGUUGAUUACGAAGCUGAAAUGUGGAAAUUAUGAAAGGAAAUCUCUUGGGGAUGUGUUGCAGAGACGAGAGUUGACUUCCUAUUCUAGCUCUGCUGGUAUUUUGAGCUCUUAAGCAACACGUUCCCUGCAAGAAGGAGAGAGAAGCACAAGAAAGCGAACGCUGAAGUAUGGUCAGAAGCUUCUAAUUGAGAAAAAGGAAGACAUGGCAGUGCAUGCUUCUGUUAAUGGGACAACAGCCAUCCCAUGGAGGGGCAGCAGAAAGAAACUUUCACUGCUGGAGAAACUCAGGAGCUGUCAGGAUGCCUGGUGUCCUGGGGCCCCCUGGGACCGGGACCGGGCCCAUGCUGCUAUCAGCGGAGCACCAGCUGGGAGUUUCCUGGUCGUACGGGACUCUGUGACGUCUCAGCCCUGCCUACUGUGUGUUUCUGCAGGGGAUCAGAAUGGAGAAGUUCUGGAUUAUAACAUGAACUGCACCGGGACAGCCUUCCAGGUCUCUGCGUCUCGUCUGUCUUUCUCAGAGUUGCCUCAGCUGGUGCUUUUCUACUCUCUGUCCAGGGAUGUUUUGGCUGUCUGCCUGUCCAUUCCCAGUUUGAUCUACAGCAAAAGUGAGAUGAUCAAAGAUCAUCUCUCCCAGCUUGAACCUAAUACUUGGUUGUCCCCACCGCCUGAGUAUCAGACAGAAGAAGUGCCCCAAAAGGAGCCAAGCCACGUGAUGUGCUCCAUACAGCUGACUUCCUCCAAUGGAGCCUUGUGUAUCAUAAAUCCCCUCUACAUUCAUGAACAUGGAGACGAGUGGUUGACUCACAAGCCGACGGGUUUACAGCUGUCACACAUCCGGCGAGAACGACGCCUAAGCACCACUCGGACCUGGGCAGGGGCCGGGAUACAAAGCAAACGAGCCACCUCAUUGGACCAGGAAUCCAAAUAUUCCAACACAGAGGCUUCUGGUCUGACCAGAGCCAGGUCUGCUGAUUCCCCACUCACCCCACAAACACCAACUGAAGUGGUCCUCAGGAGGCCGAGCCGGGAUUUGACAUGCUCCAUCCAUCAGAGAGCAAGCACGGGGAGCCUUUCCACUCCCACCACACCAGGGACGCCUGAGCAGCACCGUCACAGUAGUCCUGUACCUCAGUCACCUCACAGGGUCUCAUGGAUUGAAGAUGGAGUUUGGUUGCCUCCACCAAGGCCUUCUUCUCUGCUCCAGCCACCAUCCCUGGAGCUUGAUUCACUGUCGAUUAGCAGCAUAGAGGAAGAGCAGGAGACCCAAAUAGCUAGCCCCACACCCCACCACCCUUCAGCACACCGUCUGGCUGAUAAGGUCAUGCACCGUCUGUCAGCUGUGGGCCAGGCACUCGGUGGACUGGUGUCCCAGAAGAAACGGCUGACCAACCGAGUGGUAGAGCUGAGUGAGAGGAAAGGAACUGCUUUUGGAGAGACGGUGAAAUCAUUUGUAGAGGUGACUCUGAAGGGUGGUUCUGAUCCCAGUGGGCCGAUGGGAGCAGAGUUCCUACAGGAAGUGAGGUCAUCACUUUCAUCGCUCAGGGAGAUCCUGUUGGACUAUCCAGACAUUCAGGCAAUACUGGAUAGUAUUACGGACUUAAAUGACCCUGAAAUUGACUCCCUGGUGGAGAUCACCCUCCACAAAGUGGCCUUGAAACCCGUCUCCUCCCAUCUCUAUUCUUGCAUUCACACCGCCCGGACCAACGACGGCAGCUUCCAACGCCUUCAAGGAAACUUCCUGGUGUUAGAAAAGAAUGGGGUCGAAGAACUUGGUGGAUCGAAAGGAGUAGGAGUCCCUGAUCCUCUUACAUUAGACAGAAUACAACAGAGAUGGGCAAGUAUGCACGAAGCAUACUCUCCAAACAAGAAGAUCCAGAUUCUUCUCAAAGUCUGCAAGAGCAUUUACCACAGCAUGAGCGCUAAUGCCACUUCUAGCACAGGUACAGUGUUUGGAGCAGAUGACUUCUUACCGUGUUUGACCUGGGUUUUGCUCCGUAGCAACCUGAUCAGCUUACAGGUGGACACUGACUACAUGAUGGAGCUGCUGGACCCAACACAGCUACAGGGAGAAGGUGGCUACUACCUUACAACUCUAUACGCCUCUCUCUUCUACAUCAACAGCUUCCAGCCAAGGUUGGCUGCCCGUCAGCUCAGUGUAGAGGCCCAACACUCUAUUAACCAAUGGCAUCGUAGGCGCACGCUCCACUGCAACAAGUCACGUCGCAGCGUGCAAAGACGGACGAUUCGCAGGCAGAUGGCCAAGCAGAACCUAGAGACAGAAACUAAGAGCAAGAGUAAAAGUGGGACAGAAAAUGAGUCUGAAGAAGCUGGUGUUACAGGGCAGAGCACAGAAACUAGCACAGAGGCUGACUUUAUGCCAAGUGAGAACACAGAGUGUGAACAGGAACUGGAAGACCAGCCACAGACCUCUGUGCAAACUGACUUUCAAGCUGUAAUACAGCAAGAGAUGAUGACCAGCGAACAGGAAGACAGGCUGAGCGUUUGUACUGAAACAGAAGAAACUAAAGAUGAUUCUGAUGAAGAGCUAAAAGGAGACCUGAGGUGACAAAAUUUGCUGCCAAUAAAUCAUGCAUGAGGAGAAUUUGUUCUCACAGGUGACACAUUUGCCUACUAGGCCAACUUUUAUUUCUUUCCUAAAAAAGGCAUCAUAGUAGUAUUUGCAUUUGGACAUCACUGAAUCCCCUGAUGGAAACCUUAGUCUAGGUGUUUCUAGGGAGAAGUUUAAUGUCUGUGAGUUUGCCCUGUGUGCCCCAACUUCAUAUUUGCAGUCAAUUAGUGAGUCUGACUUCUGUUUCUAUGUUUUUUUUGUGUGUUUUUUUUAAAGAUU